AUGAUGCUCCAAGUUGGUAUUUGUAAUGUGUCUAAAAUAAAAGAAACUGAAGAUACAACACAGCCCGAAGAAACCACCGAAGUUAUAGUUCAUAUUCAGCCAGAAUCAAAGAAGAACGAACAGCGUCCUCAAACUAUUAGAAAAACUCCUUCUAGAGUGUCGAAUAAAAUCCAAGAAGACUUUGACAAGAUUUCGGUUGUUGAUUUGGAGGUUGAGGAGCCAAUUCCAAAUCCUGUUCAAGUAGAGGAAUCCAAAGGAAAGGAACAGCUUAUUAAAGAAAUAGCGGCGAAAAGUAGAAAUAAGAGUACUUGCUUACCUUCUUCUCUUAUAUUUUUAGGUGUAUUUCUAAUGUUCGCAUCUGUAGUUGUAAUGACUUAUUGGUUGACUAAAAAAUAG